GACCUCUCCAUCCCCUUCUUUCAUUCUUUACUUUCUCUAUAUAUCCCUGUCCAUCCUGUACCCUAUCGUCUCUCUAUCAAUAGAUCAGUCUUUCUCUCUCUCCCUCCCUUUUUCUCUCUCUCAAACAAACAAACAAAAUGGUGCAAUCAAAGAAGUUCAGAGGUGUCAGGCAGCGUCACUGGGGCUCUUGGGUCUCAGAAAUUCGCCACCCCUUACUGAAGAGAAGGGUGUGGCUAGGCACAUUUGAGACAGCUGAGGAGGCAGCCCGAGCCUACGAUGAAGCAGCUGUUUUGAUGAGUGGCCGAAAUGCCAAAACCAAUUUCCCAAUUUCUACCACUCAAACUAAUACUAAUACUACUACUGCUGCUGCCGCCGCCAUGGCCGUCGGAUCAGACCCCAGAGGUAGUUCGAGCGACUUGGACCAUUCGCUAUCCGAGCCGAAGGGUUUAUCAGAAAUCUUACAUGCCAAGCUCAGGAAAUGCAGCAAGCUUCCAUCUCCAUCCAUGACCUGCUUGAGGCUCGACAAUGAGAGCUCUCACAUUGGAGUCUGGCAAAAGCGAGCCGGUCAACGCUCUGAUAAUUCCAACUGGGUCAUGACUGUUCAGCUUGGCAAGAAGAAGAACAGUAAUAACACUAACGCUGCUGAUGAUCAUGGCCAGAGUAUUUCAUCAUCAUCACCGUUGAUAAUGUCGACUUCUGAGUCAUCAGCGUCAACGUCAUCAGCGAGGGCGCCGGAACUCAUAGCCGAGAUGGAUGAAGAAGAGAAAAUUGCACUGCAGAUGAUAGAAGAGCUGCUUAACAGAAAUUGUCCAAGUCCUAGUAAUUCUUCAUUUGGCAUUCAACCAGGAGAGGAAAGCUUUUACUUGUAGUUCUACUAGUCUUAAUUUUUUUUAAUUACUAGCUAUAUAUAUAUAUUUA